GAUCCGUGCAUUGUACCUGAGCAUCCUCUCAGAGCAAGCAAUGGCGGGGACCUUCAUUCUUUCGGUGCAAAUCAUGGUGGUUUCUCAAUAGAUUCCAAGAAACCACACAGGAAAAGAAUCACUCUGUUCAGAUGGAGCAGGAGCAGCUCCAAGAAACACCCCACGGAGAUGGAAAUCUCAAGGCCGCCCCAGAUCCCGGAUACGGAGGCGGCAAUGGCGGCUGCAUCGCCCCCAAUGGCACCCUCCCCUGCGGCUGGCUCGGCCGCCUGUCCCGCGAGCUGCAUUGGAGCUUCGUGCUCGCCGUCGUCGCCGUCUACGGCGCCUGCCAGGGCGUCGGCUCCUCAUUCGGCAGCGUCGCCGCGGGGUACUACUGGAAGGACGUGCAGCGCGUGCAGCCGGCCGCCUCACAGUUCUACCAGGGCGUCGUCAACGUGCCCUGGGUCGUCAAGCCCCUCUGGGGCCUAUUCACCGACGUCGUCCCCGUCGCCGGCUACCGCCGCCGCCCGUACCUCCUCCUCGCAGGCGUCAUGGGCGUGUCGUCCAUGCUCACGCUUGCUCUGCGCCGCACGCCGGCGAUCGUGCCGGCAUUGGUGGCGUUCACGACGCAGGCCGCGGGCGCCGCCAUAGCCGACGUGGUGGUGGACGCCAUGGUCGCGCAGAACAGCAUAAGCCACCCUCCGCUCGCCGCCGACAUGCAGAGCCUGUGCGGGUAUUGCUCCUCCGCCGGCGCAUUGGUGGGGUACUCCAUCAGCGGCCUCGUCGUCCACGCAAUAGGUUCCCAGGGGGCUCUUGGCUUGCUGAGCAUCCCCUCCGUGCUCGUAUUUUCGGCCGGGAUUCUUGUCAAGGAGGAGCGGGCCAAGGAUUUCGAGUACAACCAGGUUCAUAAGAAGUUCUACGAAGCAGUUGAGUCAAUGUGGGCAACAUUGAAGUGCCCGCAAGUCUGGAGGCCGUGCGUUUACAUGUUCUUAAUGUUCGUGCUAAGCCCGGACAUCCAAGGAGGGCUGUUCUACUGGUACACAGAUUCGAGCACCGGACUCGCAUUUUCCGAGGGGUUCAUCGGUCUCAUCUAUUCGAUAGGCUCAGUCGGCUCGCUGCUCGGCGUCCUGCUCUACCAGAACAUGCUCAAGGACUACCCGUUCCGCGGCCUGCUCCUAUGGGGCCAGCUGCUGGCCUGCCUGUCCGGGAUGAUCGACCUGGUGCUGGUCACCAGGCUGAACCUGAGGCUCGGCAUGCCGGACUACCUCUUCGCCGUGAUGGACAACAGCGUGUCCCAGCUGAUCGGCCAGCUGAAAUGGCUGCCGCUACUCGUGCUCUGCUCCAAGCUCUGCCCCGUGGGCAUCGAGGGCACCUUCUUCGCGCUGCUCAUGUCCAUCCAGAACCUCGGCCUGCUCAUGUCCGCCUGGUGGGGCGGCCUCCUGCUGCACGCGCUGGGCGUGACGCGGACCGAGUUCGGGAACCUCUGGGUGGCCGUGCUGGCGAGGAACGCCAUGCGGCUGCUCCCGCUGGCGUUCCUGUUCCUGGUGCCUCGGAGCGACCAGAACUCGACCAUCCUUCCCGCGGAGAUGCUGCCUGGGGAUGGAGGUUCCGCGGGAGAUGUGGGACAAGGGUCGUCAGGUGUCAUCGAGUUUUCUGUCCUCCGUGGAGAUGAAAAUGGUGAAGUCGUUGAGGCUGAGGAAGAAGAACUAGAGCUGACCCCGCUCAUGGAGAAGAUCUGACGACUCACUGAAACAAUUGGUCAAUAACUUGACCAAGUUGGAUAGGAACGGCUGAUGAUACGUCAAAGCAACCAAGAAAUCGUCCAUGAAUAUCUUGUAGUUGUAGUUGUAGCACUAGAUGAAAAGAUGGACUACUAGGUUCGAGGUUAUGAUGUAUGAGGGAAAAGAUAAACCCCAAUGGACAGCUGACAGAAAAUUCUCUGUCAAAUCAUUAUAUCUUUUCCUUGUUAGAACUGAUGUGGGUUUUCCUCACAAAUUCCUUUGAAAAAUCAAAGUUCCAGCGAAAAUUAUUAUUUUUGGCUCAUUGCUAAAAGAAAAGCAUUUUAACUAAGGACAACCUAAUUAAAAAAGGUUGGAAAGGGAAGCAGGGAUGUGAGUACUGUGGGCAGAAUGAAAGUAUUGACCAUCUGUUCUUUUCUUGUUCUGCUGCUAGGCUACUAUGGAGCCUGGUGAAAU